AAAGGUCGUUAUAUAUAAAAAAAUUUUGAAGAAAACUUCGAUAUGCGUGGAAAAGUUUUAGAGGCAUUAAUACGGCGUGGUAUAUUCUAAACGGUCGCGAAAGUUUGAACAGCAAGUCGCAGAGCUCGGUUUGAUCUUAUCUUAGCUCAUAUCAUUGAGCUCAUGUAUCUAGGUACUUCGCUUCAGAACAUCGUCAUAGCACCCCACGUCUAGUGAGCUGUAGUUGUUUCCAAGGUUCUAUUCUCUACCUAGUACCUAACUACCUAAUCAUGGCGGAGACGUUCACCACGACUUCAGCCGGCGCAGUUCCGGACUCUCCAUAUCCGCUACCCCGUGUCACCAUCCAAUUCUGUACGCAGUGUAAAUGGAUGCUCAGAGCCGCCUACUUCGCGCAGGAGCUCCUCUCGACCUUCUCGACCUCCCUCGGCGAAGUAGCGCUGCAGCCCUCCACAGGCGGGACCUUCAUCGUCUCGAUCGUCUUCGCGCAGCCUUCCCCUUCCCCCUCUCCCUCCUCCACCACCCCCACCCCCACGAUCCAAAAACGCGUUCUCUGGGACCGCAAGACAGACGGCGGGUUCCCCGAGACCAAAGAACUCAAGCGACGGGUCCGUGACGCGAUCGAGCCGGGGCGGAACCUCGGGCACGUGGACAGAGACUACGCCGCGCCGGCGCCGACCAAUCUCCCCUCGCCCACGCGGGGAGAAGAAGAGGCGGCGCGGAUGCGGGCGAAAGAGGAGCGGCGGGCGAGUCUAGCGAAGAUCGAGAAGGACAAUGCGCUGGGGCUGAACACGCACCCGGACGAGAAUAUCGGCGGGGCGUGCCGGCCGGGGACGGAGAGCGUGGCGACGAAUGUGCGGAUAGAGGCUGAGUGCGAGGACUGUAAAUGAGAGAACCUACCCGU